UGACGUUUUGUUGACAUUUGUUUGUGAAAGACAAAAACAGUGGAUACAAACUGGAUGGUGUAUUUUUGGAAACCAACUAGCAGACCUCGCAUCAGACUGAAGGCCAACGUAUCGUGAUUAAAACAUACCCGCGUGUAUAAAACCAGCUCUGAUCAAGAUAGGACUUUAAUCAAAGACGAAAAGGAUCCACCAUCAGCAGAUGGACGGACCAAGACGGGAACAAAACAAACCGUUUCACCCCGGGGACUGCAUGAGUGGCUGAAUCAUUCACAGGCUAACCAGCCAUCAGACAGUUAUGUUAGGUUGUAAUCUUAAACGACGGUAACUAACAUUGUUUAGUUGAUCUGCCGAAUAUUCGUGUACUUAAUUCUUAACUGACACCCAGUAUUUUUCAUGUUACCAUGGUAGUGUAGUGUAGGGUUACACGAGCGUUGUCCGUCAGACUAGCAAGUUAGCAAGCUAAUGUUAGCUGUAGCUAACGUUAGCAUUAUUUGAACUUGCUUGAAAUUGCUUGACCUGCUGAGUAGCUAGCUACAGAAUGUAGCUGAGGUUACGAGACUGCAUUCGUGUUAUAGUGUUUACUACAAGUAGCUCGUCAGUUGGGGGUGACAUUAAGAAUGUGAAGCACAAUGGCCAACUUUGAAGCUUACCAGCAGUAUCAGAGAAUUGAGGACUUUGAGGAGGACUCACCACCAGGGGAGGAGGAUUUACUGGUGCAUGUGCCUGAAGGCCUGAAAGACUCAUGGCACCAUAUCAAGAACCUGGAUAACUUCUUCAAAAGGAUCUAUCAUUUCCAUCAAAAGAAUGGCUUCGCUUGUAUGAUGAUGUCAGAGUUCUUUGAACUUGUUCAGUUGUUGUUUGUUGUCACGUUCACGACGUUCCUUGUCAACUGUGUGGAGUAUGACAUCCUGUUUGCCAAUCGAGCGGUCAACCACACUGGGCCGGGCCAUAACCCCUUGGACAGGAAUAAGGUCACUCUUCCAGAUGCCAUCCUGCCUAGUCAGCAGUGUACUCAGAGGAUUCAAGAGAACAGUUGGAUUAUAUUCCUUCUCAUCAUGGCAGCCAUCUUCUGGAUUUAUCGACUUGUUAAAGUAUUUUGCAAUGUUCUGAGCUACUGGGAGAUCAGGCAGUUCUACAUCAAAGCACUGAAGAUCAGAAUGGAUGAACUUUGCAACUUCACAUGGCAGGAAGUCCAGGACCGGCUCAUCAGCCUGCAACGAGAACAGCAAAUGUGCAUACACAAGAAAGAGCUGACAGAACUUGACAUCUAUCACCGCAUCCUUCGAUUCAAGAACUACAUGGUGGCCAUGAUAAACAAAUCACUGCUGCCAGUGCAGCUGCAACUCCCCCUGCUGGGCAAUGUGGUGUUCCUCACACAGGGCCUCAAGUACAACUUUGAGCUUAUCCUCUUCUGGGGUCCUGGCUCCCUGUUUCAGAAUAAGUGGAACCUGCAUCCCAAGUACAAGCGGAAUGGAAACCGCCUAGAGCUCGCACAGCAGCUUAGUAGAGUCAUCCUGCUGAUGGGGUUGGCCAAUUUGCUGCUAUGUCCCUUCAUCCUGGUGUGGCAGGUGCUCUACGCUUUCUUUAGCUAUACAGAAGUCAUUCGCAGAGAACCUGGAAGCCUGGGUGCACGACGCUGGUCCCUGUAUGGUCGUUUAUACCUGCGACACUUCAAUGAGCUGGACCAUGAGCUGCAUGGACGUUUAGGCCGUGGCUACAAACCCACUUCCAAAUACAUGAACUCUUUUACAUCACCAGUGCUGACUGUGCUGGCUAAGAACAUUGCCUUCUUCUCAGGCUCAAUUUUGGCUGUGCUCAUUGCACUGACAGUCUAUGAUGAGGAUGUUCUGACAGUGCAGCACAUUCUGACUGCCAUCACUGUGCUGGGAGUGGUUAUUACUAUCGCCAGGUCCUUCAUCCCAGAUGAGCAUAUGGUGUGGUGUCCAGAACAGCUGCUGCAGUGCAUGCUGGCACACAUUCACUACAUGCCAGACCACUGGAGGGGCAAUGCUAACAAGAGUGAGACCCGUGAUGAGGUGGCGCAGCUGUUCCAGUACAAAGCAGUGUUCAUUUUGGAGGAGUUGCUCAGUCCUGUUGUCACACCCUUCAUUCUCAUCUUCCACCUGAGGAAUAAGUCUCUAGAGAUCAUUGACUUCUUCAGGAACUUCACUGUGGAGGUGGUUGGAGUUGGAGAUAUCUGUUCCUUUGCGCAAAUGGACAUCAGACGCCAUGGAAACCCAACAUGGCUGUCAGAGGGCCAGACGGAGGCCUCCAUAUACCAACAAGCUGAAAAUGGCAAGACAGAGUUGUCUCUUAUGCAUUUCACCAUUAAGAACCCACGCUGGCAGCCACCUCAGGAGAGCUCUGUGUUCAUCAGCCAUCUGAAGGAAAAAGUGCAGCAUGAUGCACAGGGUGGCCCCUCCACCCAGCUGCUACUCUCUGAAGCUCCUCUCUGCACCUCACUGCAGUCCAAUGAGUCUGGCACUGUGCCUGAUAAUCUGUUGGCCGGUGUCCUGGCUCACUCCAAUCUAACUGCAUCUGGAUUACAAGGGCGAGACCAUCGCUUCAUCCCACCGAGCACCACUGCUUCUGCCGCUGCCAGUGUCCUGGCCUCUUUGUCCACCUCCCAGCUCGCACAUACCAGCCGUGGCCGCUCACAUGGCCUCCUGCACUCAUCCGUCCCCCUCGAGAGCACCAUGUACCGCAGCGAUCGCACCAUCAUUGACAGUAUGUCUAACAGUGACUCUUGCAUCCGGAGCAAUACACUGCUCUCAGAGUUUGCCUCAGCAGAGAUGAGUCUCCAUGCCAUCUACAUGCAUGAGCUCCACCAGCAGAGCUCCCACCCACAGAGGACUUCGGGACAGUGGCAGAACCCAGUGCCAAUGAGAGAUCUACACACAAACACUGGUUUCCAGGCACAUAGUGGCCUUGGCUCCAGCAUUUCAAUGCCCACCACUGUCCACCUUGGUGGCUGGCAAGAGAAGGAAGAAGAGGAGAAUGAAGAUGAUCAGGAGAUUAACAGAGGGUCUACUCCAAAACAGGGCACUGGGAGUAGUUGUUGAAGUGCCUUAGGUCAUAAGGUAUAUGCUCUCUUUUAAACAGAAUAUAAAAAUAUGACACAUGUCUAUGAUCUAUGCUUUGUGGUUCUGUAUCCUGUGUGUUUGUCGAACCCAACAACAAUGGCCUUUUAUCCUAUUAGGGAUACAUCGCCAUGAUAAUUUCUCCUCUCUUUUUUAUUUUUUAUAGUGUUUACAUUUUACUUUCUUCUAUGAACAUUGUGGCCUUAGAUGAUUUUCAUGGAGAAUUUAGCAUGGACCUUUAAAACAUCAUUAAGCGUUUGUUGUAGGAGGGGCUUGUUGAAUAACCACUGUCUUUGCACCUCGACGCCUCUUCCUGUCAUAUCAGGCAGACUAUGGCAUCAGGGAAACCAUAUGUCUUCCGUCCGAUCCAUCUUGAUUUUCUCAUAGACUUGUACAGACAAACUGUGUGUGGUGACAGAGAGGCAAUAUAGUGUAUUCAUAGGAUCCGUGUGUGAAAAGGAGUACAAAAGGCUUAUCACAACUUCUGCUGAGUCUGUGUGUGCACACUUCAAGUAUUUGUGCAUCACAAAGAUUUACAGCGUGAGUCUAAUCAAAGUUUCUCACAGUGAUGAUCUGUGCAACAGAGACUGCAAACUGUAUCGUAGCUGCCUGAACAAUUUUGAUCACCUGAAAAAGAUAAUUCAAUAAUUCAGGUUGUGCUGUUUGACCCUGGUGAUUUGUAAAUACUCUUUUUGCAUCUUACUCAUCCUUUAAAAAUCCACAUUUUUAAUACCAGAGCUAAUUCUUGAAAAAGAUACCAAGUAUUUAUAUAAAGAAAAAGAGCUGACUGUUCAGGAGUCAUACUACUAAAACACCAUGUGUACCUGAAAAAAACAUCUCUUUAAACCAGACUUACACAUGCUUUGAUGCUGCUGUCUGUGUUUAGUGGUCCUAAAUACAGAUUUUGUUUAGUAUUAAUAUUUUCACAGCUAAGGACACUAUUCCUCAAAAACAUACUUAAAUCAUGGGCCCCAAAUACACUUGGCAUCAAAAUUCUAAUGCAGAUGUAAGAUCUAUUUAAGCUGCACACAAAGUCAGCAUUAUGCCUUAACACCCAUAUAAAAAAACAUGCAUUUAAAUCCUAGUUUUCCGUAUUACCUCAGUGGUGGUGAAGAAAAACUAAUACUCCAAUCAAUACCUCUGCAAUGUAAUUUUUUGUGUAAAUAUAUGUAGUACAGUACAUACGGGAUUCUUUGCAGUGUGCAGAUGCAUCUUUUAACUGCAUUUUGAUUUUAAUGGCAGGUGUAAAUGGAUCAUGUUCUGUUCUUAUUUCCUGCCCAGCAGAUGUUUUAGUUCAAGCAUUGAUGUCCUGAAAUCGUGGGGAGGAAUCUUUUAUUUAUUUUUUUCAGAACAAAACAGGGUGGUAUUGCUUUUACAAAUCUUUGUUGUGCACAUUAGCAUUUUAUUUGUGUUCUUUUUCCAAAAUGCUCACGUAAAAAAUGGAACUGCAUCAUAAGGGCUGAUUUCAGAGUGUGCGCUGUUGCGUCCACAGCUUUAGGUUUGGAGAUUUUAGGACAGCAGUUCCUCUCAUUUUUGGCUUUGUACUUUCAAAGUAAGAGCAUGAGGAGAAAAAAGCCUUUUCAGUCAGCAUACUUUUUUUGCUUAAGGUUUAUUUAUUACCUGUUCCCCCCAGCUACAGUAUAUGUGUAAUAUUUAUUUGAAACAACAAUAUUUAGAUUGUUUUGUAAAAUAAUUUACUUUCACAAUCACAAGAUCUUGUUGUUGAAAGAAAUGGCAUGUCCCCCCCACAAAUAUAGUUUAAAAAAGAAGAAACCUUUAUUUUGAAAUUCUGAUAAAGGUUUUGUUUAUGUUAAAAUAGCAUGGCCAGCUGCAUGAUUUUGAAUGUGAUUUACACUUAAAAUAUACUUGGACUAAAUCUGCUUGUUGAUGCAGUGCGCAAAAAUAUAUUUUUACCCAUUUUUAAUUGCAUUCUUCAUAGAUCAUAGUAAUAUAGAUGUCAUCCUCCACAACUGUUAAGACUUCAGAUGGUACAAAUGUGUCUUUGCCCUCUUAUGUGUUCAGAAACUAUAAAUUACACUUUCCUUGUGAGUGUGUCUGUGGAAGGAAUGAGUUUUGACACCUGCGUAAUUAUGCUAACAUGAACCUCGAAUUUUGCACUGACAGAAAAUAAACUUUUUUUUUUUUUAAAACGUGUGUGUGUAUAUAUGGUGUAUAUGUACAAUACUUGCAUCAGUUACAUUUAAAGAAGUGCAGAUCUCAAAAGGGACACUGAGUGAGUCUCCAUCCGGAAUGACCUCUUCUUGUUGUUUGUAUAUAUAAGCAAAGCAUCGGCACGUAUUGUAUCGUCGUUGUCUACAGUAGACCCACCUGGAAACACUGUGGUCAAUCACAUAAGGUCGUUCUUACCUCUGGUUAGUAAAAGUCCGCCCUGUAGGGAAUGGUGUGUGUCUCUGUCACACUGUUAAAUAUGCUUGCAUGGGUAUUGUGGUCACUGUCCAUUUGUGCAGUGAGUUUAAGUUGUAGAGACACUGGAGCUCAGCUUUGUGCACGGAGUUGAUUUCCUUUGAUGGUCUCCACAUUUACACCUCACUGUUAUGUUUCUUAUUUUAUUUGAAGCAGUGCCUUAGUAUUAAGGUUUAGUAAUUGCUCUUUAUACAAGCCAUUUCAUGUAAACCGUUGGAUUUACUUACACAGUUUUAGCAGCACAUACUAUGUACAGUAUUUUUUUGGCAAGUCAUUGUGUAUAGCAUCAAGCAUGUAGUGAAGUUGUGGAUGUGGCUCGUAAGAUGAGUUGUAAACUGAUUUUGAGAUCUUGUGUCAGCCUGUUGCAUCCGACAGCACACUUCUUCUUAUCAUGGUGUAUACAUUUACACUGUCCUCAAUAUCCUAAAGAAGCAGGAGUGUGCUUUGUAAUGGCUGGUGUCAUCGCGGCCAACCUUCUCAUCUUACUUUGGUUUCUUAUCCACUAUACACCAGUCUAACAAUCACAGCGACUGGAACAAGGUGCUAAGUUUUCAUCCUGAAAUGUUAAAUAUGUUUUCAGACAUGUUUAGGUUUUUUUUUUUUGUUACAUAGGUUUUUCCUGUUUGUUUGGUUCUGUAAAUUAGGAAACACACUAGCUGAAAAAUGAAACAUGCCAAAAGAACUUGUUUUUCGGCACAGCUUUACAAUACUUGUGUUGUUUUUCUGAGUGAGUAGAGAGGCAAAUAAAUCUUAUUUUGAGUGUAUUUAAUCAUAUCACAUCAUCAAGUGUGAUUGAUUAUGCGAUGUUUAUUUGAAAUAAAAAUCUAUUUAAAUUUUCAUUUUAUUUGUGUUAUAUUGCUGUUUGUGUUGUCAGCUUGUGACAGUACAAUGUGAAAGCUUUUUGCUACAAGUCUUGGACAUAUCUGACUGAUAUAUUGGUAUUGAUGCUUUUGUCCUGAACUGAAAAGGAAUCCUUUUGUAUUACAACUUGGAUUCCUGAUAGUGUUUAUUUAGCAAGGCUCAAUGAUGAAGUAGAGCCUGAUAAGCGCAGUCUGUGAUGUCCUAAUAUGGUCACAGUACAGAGAUGGAGACAAACACUCUGUACAGUGACUAAAUAAACUGAAGUAUACUUAAAGCUUUGUGUGAGAUUUGAAACUGACUUUGGCGACCUCUAGUGGUAGUAUUAAAAAAAGACAUUAUGGUAAACAGCUAAUCAAGGUGCAAAGAAGGUGCACAUGGACAGCAUAACAAUACAGACAAAACAAUCAACCACUGAAGAAAAUAAUUAACCAACAAAAGACCUAUAUACCUAAUGGCAAACAUCUAUAAGAGAGAUGAAGUAAAAUAGUUCAUAUUGUAUAUGCAUCUGAUAUAUUUCUGUGUGUCUGAUAUAGUCUGAUAAAUCAUGUUUUUGUCUUUAUCUUUUGAACUCUUAUUUCACCUUGCCUAAGAGCUCACUGGUGCAAAUUCUCAAAAAGGAAGACUUAUACAGGAUAGACAGGAUUUAUUCACAUUGUUACAUGCCACAUCUGUUUUCUACAUCUGUGUGCCUCCCUUGAUCUCUCUUCCCCUUCCUCUUGCUCACGGUCUCUUUUCAGAUACUAUGAUCAGCUGAUUGAGUCUUGUAUAUUGUGUGUGUAUAUAUAUAUAUAUAUAUAUAUACACACAUACAUUUUUGUAGAUUAGUUACAUAUUUUUGUUUGGUUUCAUUUAUUCAUAAGAAUAGUUGGGUUGAUUUUUGUUUCAUGGUUUUCUGUGCUGGCUUCUCAUUGCCCUGUGUAUCCCUGUUGUCCUACUCUGUCAAUACUGUAAAUGCUAUCCACAUUGUAAAUAAACACCACAUGCCUCUAUUUUAAGACACUA